GAGAGAGAUCAUAAUUAAGAGAUCGAUAAUGUCAUCUCCUUGCCCUAACUUCACUGAUUUAAGUGACCUCCACAAAUGUGCAAAUGAUUUGCUACACUCUCCCCAUAUCCAACAAGCCCUCCACCACCACCACCACCACCAACAACAACAACAACAACAACACGAGGCGAUGUCGUCCGUUCGAGAGAUUUCAGACGCGUCUUUGAAGAUGUUGGAUUUGUGUGGUACAACAAGGGAAUUCCAUUUACUUAUUAAACAACACCUUCAAGACCUACAACACACACUCCGUCGAGCCAAGAUCGAGGAGUUUGACUUCGACGCCCACAUCUUGGUACAUAACGUAUACCGGAAGAAGCUCAAGAAGAAGGUAUCUAAAUGCCUUAGGAAUACUAAAGGGUUCAAGAGUAAAUAUUUUACGUCCGACCUUUCGCUUUUAGACCAUAGUCUUAUUGUAGUUGUUCAUGUUUUGAGGGAGGUUAGAGGUGCUACAAUAUCUACAUUAGAAUCCCUUUUAUCUCUUGUUAUAUUGCCAACUAAUAUACCUAGAAUUAAUAGUGGCCAAAGCUCGUCGUUUUCGUCGAAAUUAAGGAGAAUUAAUUGCCGAAGGUUGUUGGAGAGAUGUGAUUCAAUGGAUGUUGUAGUGGCAAGUAAGAGGUUAGAGGAAGUAGCAAGUGCAAUGGAGGAGCUUGAGGUGGAGUUAGAGUCUAUCAUUAGACGUUUGUUGAGAACUAGAGUUUUACUCCUUAACAUACUCACUAAUUAAUUAUCUUAACUAGUGUGUAACCUGGGUGAUGCCCCGGUUGCUACUUUGAAUAAUUAAAAUUCGAAUUUUUUUUCAACUCAAUAUUUGACUAAGAUACAUGUAGAACAUAAAAGUGAAAAGAUUAAUUAAGUUCAUCAACUAUACAUGUACAUUACCUUCAUCAUGCAAAGUAAUUUUCCUAAUAUUUUAAUUGUUUAAUUCACGGUUUUCCUAAUAUUGUAACUGUUACUUUAUCAAAUAUAGUCCAUACGAAAUAAGAACUAACAUAAAAAUUUAGUUGUUUUAGUCUUCAUGUUAACAUGUAU